GAGCCCACCUUCCUCUUUGUCUCAAAAGGAAAAAGAAGACCGCAUCCCCCGGAACUCAGGAUCCCCGUGGGCUCUCCGUGCCUGAUGCCGCCAUUGGCAAAACCCUGAAAGCCCUAAACCUUCCGAGACAACCAUGGACGAGCUCGUGUCGGUGGCGCUGGAGGAGGUGUGCGCGCGCCUCGCGCCGGGGAUCCCCGUCGUGGACCUAUGGCCAGCGCUCCGUGGCACGCUCGAUGCGACGGGGCUCCCGCUAGGCCCAGCAGUCAAGCGCGCCCUGUGGGCUCGCAUCCUUGCGCUCCGCGUCGUCAACCUGGUGGAGGGGGAUGGGGACGGGGUGCCCAUCUCUGCCGGAGACCCGGCGGAGAAGGACUUCGAGGAGGCCGAACGGCGGGGCAUGCGGCUCGUGGCAAGCGCGGGGAUCAGGGACAACUUCCUGGGGUUAUACGAGCGCAGAUUCGCGAAGUCGGAGUUGAGUGCCGUCCAGAAGGCGACGUUGGAGUGUGUUGCGGCAAGCAGGACUUCAGGGGUACCACAGAGUGAACUUUGCAAAAAAUUUAGAAUGAAAGGAAACAAUUUCCAUUUUAUUGCAAAGAGUCUUGAAUCACAACGACUAAUAGUUAGACAAUCAACUAUUAUAAAGAUGAAAGAUCACGGAGCUGAGAGGGAAGAUGCCUCGCAGAAUAAACAUAUUAUCAAUACCAAUUCACUAUAUCUCUCCCGAUAUGCCAAGGACUUGAAUAUGACUUCACAGCAAAGAAUUGAGAUUACAAAGCCUGAACUACUUGGGAGCAAUGAAGAGGCCAAUGUAGAUGCUUUCCGAGUAGAUGGAGCUUUUGAUGUUAACUCCAAGAAUGAUAUAUCUAUUCAUGAUUAUCUUCCAGCAAUGAAAGCCAUAUGUGAUAAACUUGAAGAAGCAAGUGGAAAGGCUCUUGUUGUGUCAGAUAUAAAAGUUGAUCUCGACUACAGGAUGGCAUAUGGGCACAGAGCAUGGAGAAAUGUAUUGCAUAGAUUAAUAGAUGCACGACUUGUGGAGAUAUUUGAUGCCGAAGAUGAUGAUAAGGUUGUCCGUUGUUUGCGUCUACUGAAAAAUUUUGAUCCAAAUGAGUUUCAGCCAAAAAGUAUAGCUUCAAAUUUUAAAUUUGUUAAAAAAGGUCAGGCAACUGAUCAAAUUUUGGAACUUCCAUUAGAGAACUGUAUAUAUGAUAUGAUCAGUAGCCAAGGGACAAAAGGUAUUACACUUGUUGAGAUUGGCAAACAUCUUGGACUCAACAAUUCAAAAAAACUUCAUAAACGAGUAUCAUCCAUGCUAAAAAAAUUCAACCUAACAUGGGAAGCAGAAGUUCCAGACAAGACAUCGCAGUACCGAAUUUGGACUUCAAAAAACUUCUCACUCUACAAAGCUGGUACUGCUCUGCAAAAUUUUGAGGCACUCUCAGAAGACUGUGAUGAUUGUUCGGAUUUGUGGUCCCUAGUUUCAUCUAAAGAUUUGGAAUCACCUAGUUCACAGGGCAAAUUACUCUUGCUUGAAGAAGAGAACCAUGACAAACCAAUUGGACAUCAUAUCCAGAACAACCGUGAUGCAUCUGCUGCAGUUUCCCAGUUAGUUGAAGAAGAUAAACUUGCUUCGAAUCAGAGGAGGCGUCGGUGCCGUCCAUUAUCUUCUGAUGAUCAACGCCAUAGAAGGAUUCUACACAUGUUAAAGAAGAAGAAAUUUGUACUGAAGGUGGAGUUACAUAAAUGGUUAGAACGGCUUGAAAAGAAGGACGGGAAAAUAAUGGAUAGGAAGACAUUGACUCGCACGUUGAAUAAGCUUCAGCAAGAGGGAAGCUGUAAAUGUAUCAAAGUCAGUGCUCCAUUGGUGACAAAUUAUGCUCGCAGUCGUCUCUUUGAUGUAAUACUGCAUUCUUCUGUUGGAGACGUGUCACCAGAACUUGUGGAGCAAUUUAGGACCAGACAAAGGAACUUUGACACCGAAUCUCGCGCAGGUGCAGCAGCUAAAGUGAAGCAAAAUCAACAUAUGACUGCCAUACCUGGUCUGAGGAUUUCACGCAGAGUUAAAGUUUACAAACCAUUACUAUUAGAAGCUAUGUAUGCAAAUGGAUUCAUAGGCGCAAAGAUGAUUCGAGCAAAGUUAUUUCAUAAAUUUCUGUGGGCUUAUGUCAAUUCUUUGCCAAAUUGGUGCAAUGCAUUUGGUUGUACCAAAGCAGGGCAGUAUGAUAAGAGCCUUAAUCAAUCAUGCCUGUUAUUUUCUAUGGAAGCAGCUAUGAAAGAAAUGCCCCUUGAACUCUUUCUACAAAUUGUUGGGUCAGCAAAGAAGAUUGAUAACAUGAUAACGUUGUGUAGGCUUGGAAAAACACUUUCAGAAAUACCUACAGAGGAAUACAAUCAGAUCUUGGAUACUCAUGCCAAUGGCCGACUCUCACGUUUAGUAAAUAUUUUGGACAAGCUCAAGCUGGUUCAGCUUGCAAAAGAAUUCUUAGAAGAUGCUGGUGUAUCGUCAAAUGCCAUGUAUACACAUUCGAUGGAGCUCAGGCCUUACAUCGAAGAACCCAUGCCAAGAAUUCUUCCAUCUUCCCAACUGAACAAUCAUCGGAAAAUUCGGCAUGAUUUUGUACUUUCAAAGAAAGAGUUUGUUGAUUCUUAUUGGGAAACACUAGAGUGCUGUUAUUUAACAGCUGGUUUGGCUGACCCGUUAAGUGCCUUCCCUGGCAGUUCUGUCCCGGAGGUUUCUCAUCGUCGUUCAUGGUGUUCACUUAGAGUCAUGACUACUGAACAACGACUGGAGUUGCAACAGCGUAUUAUGGAUGUUGGUGAGAAGGGGAAAAUUCCUUUUAAAGACUGUGUUAGAAUAGCAAGAGAACUGAAUCUUUCUGUAGAGCAGGUACUUCGCCUUUCAUAUGAAAGGCAAUCUCGGCUCCAUGAACAGCCCAGCUUUACUUCUAAACAAAAGCAGCAAAGAGUUGGUUCUGGAUUGACUCCUGUGAGAAGAAAGAGACGUGCCGAUGGGACCAGCCUGAAGCUUCUGAAACGUACAGUACAAGCAAGUGGAUCUGCUGAACAAAUAUUGGAGCAACCUAUUGUUGAUGAAGAAGUACCAAUGAUCAGUCGGUAUGCUAUCUUAAGAAAGAGCUGCAUGAGAAGUAAAAGAUUCUUUUGGACAUGUGAAUCUGAUAGAAAACUGCUGAUGGCAUACAUUAGAGUGCGUGCAGUACUUGGGGCAAGAUAUUAUCGUGUACCUUGGAAGUCUCUCUCUGAUCUUCCAGCUCCACCACAUACAUGUCUUAGAAGGAUGGCACUACUAUUGAAAACAAACGGAAAGAUAAGAGGAGCUGUCAUGUGUUUAUGUAACCUUCUUGGGGAACGGUAUGUUAGAUAUCUUGAAAAGGAAAGGAGUUUGAAAAGGAGAAGAUUGUUUCCCCAGAUUUCAAACAGAAGUCAAGAAAACAGUUUGGAUUCAGAUUGUGAGCAAUUCAAUUGGGAUGACUUUGAAGUUCCAGAGAUAAAGAGUGCACUUAAUGAAGUCCUUGAAUUAAUUCAAACAGAAAAAAUAGAUCAGGCCAAGAGAAUUGGGCCUGUUAAUCAAAAAAACAUUAACAAUGAUAAUGAUGUCACAAAGGACACAAUAUGUUCUCAGGAACUGCCAAAUAAUCAGGCUAUACUAGGUGAAACCAAAACGAGUGCAGUUUCAGAAAGCGGGUUCUGUGAUCCUGAAAAAUCAUGCAGACAUUCAAAUGCAGAAAGUGAAAACAUGGAAGUCUUCUGCAAACCUCAAGAAAAAAUCAUUAAGGAUCACCGAAAUAAGAUUAUUGAAAGAGGCAUAUGGAAAUCAUUGGCUGUUGCAAAUGCCUUGGAGCUUCUGAAGUUGGUUUUCCUCAACACAUCUUUAGGAUCAAAUGUACAAGCUUCACUAGCAGCAACACUGCAGCUUUAUUCAGAGAGCGAGAUUUUUACUGCUGUUUCCUUUCUUAAAGAAAAAAAAUUCUUGGUUACUGGGAGUGGUGGGAAGCCGUACACCCUUUCUUCACAAUUCUUAACCAAUGCUUGUUGUUCACCUUUUCCAUUUGGUUCAGGGAAAAAGGCUUCUAUAUUUUCUAAUUGGCUUAUAGCUCAGCAAAAGAAUACUACAGACAGUGGAGUUUAUUUGUAUCCAGAUAUACAAUGUGGAGAAAUUGUUCAUCUAUUCUCUCUGGUUUUGUCAGGAAACCUUCUCAUUUCACCUUUCUUGCCUAGUGAAGGAGUUGGUGAGGCUGAUGAGCCUAACAGCUCUGGUCCUUUGGUCGUAGAUACCAGCGGUUUGGCUGACAACAGUCAUAAGCGCAAGGCUGAUACAGUGAAACUGAAAAGCAGCAAGGCUAAGAAACCGAAGCCUUUGCCAAAGAUAGAAAGUGACUUUUGCUACCGCCGGGAGAAAGGAUUUCCUGCUAUCCAAAUAGGUCUAAAUCUUCAUAGAAUUCAAACAAGCAAUUUCUUGCAAGAGUUUCAUGGUAAAGAAUCCUCUAUUUUUACUUCAAGCUGGGCAAUGAGCAAAAAGAAUGUUGAUUUGCAUGCAGAAAGGCACAUCAUGCCAUUGUUUUCAAAUUGCUUAAGUUCAUAUAGGCAUUUAUUGUCUGAAUCUCAGUUGGAGAACUCAUACAGUGGAUGGCCUUGGGAUGCCAUGACAAAUUAUGCGGAAGAGUUAUCACCAGUAUCUGAGCACCAAAAUGAAUUGUUCACAUUGUCUCCUGAACUGUUCAGGAAUGCAUUUCUUGUUAUUCAUCAAGCUGGUGGGCAAGGAGUUACCUUGAGAGAACUUUCGCAGGCACUGCAUCCGUUAGCCAUGCAGCUGGUCUUAAUAAUUGUUGACACUCUCAAAAGAUUUCAGCUGGCUGUUAAGGUCAAUGCAUAUGAUGGCGUUCAGAUUGUGGACUCAUUACAUUCGUCAAAGUAUCAUAUAGCUACACUUGCAGAAUGUGAUAGUUGCUGCUGUACAGAUCCUCCAACUUCUCAAUUUGUUGAUAAUGAAAACACAAAAAAUCUACUGAAAGAGAAGCAUACCAAGCCUAUUAAUUUUCCUGGUCCAAUAAAAAUGCUUGGUGAUGGGCACACAGUGACAGUAAUUAAUGUUCAAAGCAAGUUGAGCCCACCUUACAUGCACAGCAAAGAUCCUGGGGAUGCGGAAAGGUUAUCUACUCCAGGAGAGAACAAUAAGGAGAGUAGUUUCUAUCAUAAUUGUGAAAGGCAUUGUUAUCAGCCUAUAUUACCAUGGAUAAAUGGUGAUGGUAGUACUAAUAGCACUCUCUAUGAAGGUUUAAGUCGCCGAGUUAUUGGUUAUGUCAUGCACUAUCCAGGACUAUCGGAGGAAGAUGUUAUCCGUAGGAUGGAUGUAUUGAAUCCUCAGACUUGCAGGACCCUGCUAGAAAAGCUAACGCUCGAUGGGAACCUUCAUGUUCGGGUUUUUGAAGAACCUGUGCCAAUGGCUCCGACCACACUGCAGGGUAUGUUCAAGCAACACUCUAGUAAAGAGCCAUCAAAAUGUGUAAAGCGCUACUUCGCAAACCCAAUGAGCACAUUACAACUGUAACUGCAAGAAGAUUUUAACUUUGUUCUAGAUCCAGACUUGUGAGGGCAUCAAGAUUUGGAAUGUUUAAAUGUUACCGUCCCCAGAACUGGUAAGGCCAUCUCGUGGUAAGACCAUCUCCGCCGUGUAAAUAGUCGUGCAAAGUACUAUUUUGCACCUGUUUGCAGAGUAAAAUUUAAAAUAGAGAGUAAGAUAGGGAGUGGAAUAGAGAGUCUGCUGGUCUGCUGGAGAGCUAAGGCCCUUAACUGAACCAUCAUCACUUGUCUGUUUCUGAGCCGUGCUUGCUCUAAGGCCGUGCUGAUUGUCGUGCUUAGGAGCAGGCAUAUUAUGGUUGUGCAAAACAUUGUUUUGCACUGUAUAAUUAUUAUUUACAAAGUGGUGUUUGAAAUAGGGAAUGUGAUAUGAGGUGUGAUAGGGAGGCUGGAGAUAGACUAAGACUCAUUUUCAGGCCGCCGUUGUCUCUGGGUUCUGUCGUCGUAGGUUCAUGCAUGAAAGAUGUACCUUAGGUUAUGUCCAACAGCUUACGAAUCAGUUCGCACAUGCGCAUUUUGUGCGACCACAUCCCAUUAUGUAUACUUCCAGCAAAUUGUCGCGUAAAAUGUGUGGUCGUUCGUGUGGCCACACGUUCUCUUCUCUGCAGGAGAGGGUGCACACUCUCAUGCUCGAGACACUAUAAAUGGGCGUUUUUUGUUGCGCAAAUGAGCGCCAUGGCGCAUGCGCUUUCGCAUUCGGCCACCACUGGACAUAACCUUAGUCUCCAGUAAUUUACUCAUCUUUCAUUUUAAAUCUCACUCUAUAAAUAGUGCAGUUCAUAAAAUAAUAUUUUUACAUGGUCAUAUGCAUAAUAUGGUGACCAUAGCCUUACUAGAGGUAGUAUCCGUAGUUGUUUACUCAAAAGGAGCAUGAUGAAAGCAUCUACACCUUAAUUUGAUUUUGAUAGUUAAAGAUAACAUAAUUAUUAUGACUAAGGGUGUUUUAUAGAAACACUAUUAUAAUGUCUGCGCAUUGCGAUGUACAUCAAUCACAUUUGAUGCUAUAGUGCAAUAGUUAUACGACAUUCGAGGGAGCUGUGUCAAGUUAGUGUGAUGGAUGCUCCCCAUAAAAAAAUUAAAAUUAAAUUAGAUCCUAUCAUAAAAAAUAAAAUUAAAAUUAAAGUGGACAUAUUUCCCACAUACUGUAUAUUAAUUUGUAGAUACCACACUUCAUAUUAUCCAAAAGGCCUCAAAAGUCUGAGAAAGAUAUGCGUUAAAAAGAAAAUCUAACCUUUUUUUAAGAGCAGGCUCGGUUCCUCAUCAUUCUUCAGCUAGCGAGGUGGUAUUAUUCUAGUGUUACACUGUAUGUAUGUGUCUUCGUGUCGAGUUAGGGUUGGGUGUUUUCUCAUGGCCUGUUAUAGGUAAUGGUCUGAUGGUUAGGCCAUCUCUAGCAGACCGUGUAAAUAGCCGGACAAAGUACUAUUUUGCACUGCAUAUUAUAUUGUUUGUAGAAUUGAGACCUAAGAGCAUUUCCAACAAUGUGACCUAUAAAAUUGCCCUAUAAUUUAAAAAUGAGUAUAUUUUGUAGAAUUUAGGGCACGGACAAAAUACCUCGCUCCAACAGUAAAACCUUAAAUCUAGAUUAUAGGACAGCCCACUACGGUGUUUUUGAGGCACUUCAGACAAUGCCCUAUAAUUUUUUGACCAAAUUUUAUAAAACGAGGUACUAUUGGAAUAUUUUUCACUGUGUAAAGCUUCAUAUUUCAAUUUAAGACACUAAUUUGAGGUAUUGUUUGAGAUGCUCUACGGCAAGACAUGCCGAGAUAGGCCAAUCAUGAAAGGCUUGAGCAUUGAAGGAGAGCAAGCAGAGGGUGAAUGCAAGUGCGAACUUGGCCUCAACCUCCUCAUGAAGAGGCAAGCAUUUGGACACUUCACAAUAGCAUGGCGAGCGCACAUGGCACGACACAACAUACGUAGAGGCAGGGCCUAGCAGGUUCAUGAAACCGUUCGAUUGAUCCGGCUAAUUGGCCAGUAAAUCAGUAAUCGGUGGCGGCUCGUAAGGCCGUAUCACCGAUUUACCCAUUUAAAUUUAGAAUAUUUUGUAAAUUUUGAAAAAUUUGAUGCCAGUUUUUUAUAAAUACUAUAAAGUAUUUUAAGACUUUUCACAUAAACCAAAUUUGAAAACACUUAAAAGAUUUAAAAAUAAAAAUCAAACAAGUUUCAAAAAUAAAAAGGGAGAUAAACCAGACGAUUUUGCUAACUAGCCUCCCCUGUUAGCCAAUUAAUCGGGCCCAAAUAGAGAUAAACCGAGGGUGGCCUCUAGUAGCAAGGUGUCGGGUAUCAUAAUUAGUGUACUUGGAUUGUGUCCCUAAGCAUACCUAACACCUGAGUAUUAAGAAAUCAAACAAAAAAACGCACUCCUUGAGGCCACUAAGGGUUGAAUCACGAUUCGCCCGGACCCCCGCUCAACGGUCGCUCAAAACUACGUCUUGCCCGAGCCCAUCCUCGUGUGAAGGUUGUGCCCGUGUGAAAUCCUUGACUCGGCCGAGGGCCCCACUUUACAGAAAUCAAUUUCUGUCUCACCUAAGCUCAUCUCGAACGAAGGACAGCCUCGAGCCCGGUAUCGACCAAAGUUCUCGGGGACCAUGAAGACAUGCGCAUUAAAUGCGAUGAUACAAAUAUCUGCUCCAUGUGACACCACAGUCAACAGAGGAUGAUGGGACAGCGGUCCCAUCUACUUUCACCGACUAAGAUGACGCACGCCCACGAAAAUCGGACGCUGCUCCCCCACUCUGGUCGCUGUUCCCAAGCAACUCUGAAUGGGACGUGCAAAUGUCUAAAGCACAGCCUCACCCUCGGGAGAGAACUCCACCUAGCCUGAAGAUGGCUUCCGACUCGGGAGGAAACUCCGCCUCGCCCGAGUUUGGUCUCGGUCAACUGCCCUGGCAGUAGGGCAUACCACCAACUCCACGUGAAUCGCGCAGAAGACCACUCCGAUAUGCCAAGGACUUGAAUAUGACUUCACAGCAAAGAAUUGAGAUUACAAAGCCUGAACUACUUGGGAGCAAUGAAGAGGCCAAUGUAGAUGCUUUCCGAGUAGAUGGAGCUUUUGAUGUUAACUCCAAGAAUGAUAUAUCUAUUCAUGAUUAUCUUCCAGCAAUGAAAGCCAUAUGUGAUAAACUUGAAGAAGCAAGUGGAAAGGCUCUUGUUGUGUCAGAUAUAAAAGUUGAUCUCGACUACAGGAUGGCAUAUGGGCACAGAGCAUGGAGAAAUGUAUUGCAUAGAUUAAUAGAUGCACGACUUGUGGAGAUAUUUGAUGCCGAAGAUGAUGAUAAGGUUGUCCGUUGUUUGCGUCUACUGAAAAAUUUUGAUCCAAAUGAGUUUCAGCCAAAAAGUAUAGCUUCAAAUUUUAAAUUUGUUAAAAAAGGUCAGGCAACUGAUCAAAUUUUGGAACUUCCAUUAGAGAACUGUAUAUAUGAUAUGAUCAGUAGCCAAGGGACAAAAGGUAUUACACUUGUUGAGAUAUGCAGGGGCUUAGUGGUUGGUAGUAUGGUGAUUCUGGAUCAUGGCCACAUAGCUCAGGCCCAAAUUUUCUGUAAAACAACACUGCACAAUAGUAAGCUCUGAUAUACACUUUCCAGCACAUUGGGCAUGCAGAGUUUCCCAAGUCAAAUUAAGUAGAAAUAGACGGCACUUUCCAGCCAGCCCACUCAACAUGCAAGAUUUCUAAAGUACCGCCAAGUGGAAAGACCACGGCAGACAAGUGUUGCUGAAUAACAAAUCAUGAUGUGAAGGGUCAUUUUGAAGUUCCUAGUGGAAAACAGACCCAUGAGCAAAAGCUCCUUGCCUUGAACGUUGAACCCCAGAAUUCAUUGAUGAUCAAUAUAUGGAGAAGCUUGAAUACAUAUCAUUAUGUGAUAGAGAUUUUGUUUGCUUAUGUCAUCUGAUUGGGAUGAUAAUUUGUUUUUGUUUAUCUUAAAAUUAGUAACUAAUGUCUAAUACAACUUCUGAUUAGAUUGGCAAACAUCUUGGACUCAACAAUUCAAAAAAACUUCAUAAAUGAGUAUCAUCCAUGCUAAAAAAAUUCAACCUAACAUGGGAAGCAGAAGUUCCAGACAAGACAUCGCAGUACCGAAUUUGGACUUCAAAAAACUUCUCACUCUACAAAGCUGGUACUGCUCUGCAAAAUUUUGAGGCACUCUCAGAAGACUGUGAUGAUUGUUCGGAUUUGUGGUCCCUAGUUUCAUCUAAAGAUUUGGAAUCACCUAGUUCACAGGGCAAAUUACUCUUGCUUGAAGAAGAGAACCAUGACAAACCAAUUGGACAUCAUAUCCAGAACAACCGUGAUGCUUCUGCUGCAGUUUCCCAGUUAGUUGAAGAAGAUAAACUUGCUUCGAAUCAGAGGAGGCGUCGGUGCCGUCCAUUAUCUUCUGAUGAUCAACGCCAUAGAAGGAUUCUACACAUGUUAAAGAAGAAGAAAUUUGUACUGAAGGUGGAGUUACAUAAAUGGUUAGAACGACUUGAAAAGAAGGACGGGAAAAUAAUGGAUAGGAAGACAUUGACUCGCACGUUGAAUAAGCUUCAGCAAGAGGGAAGCUGUAAAUGUAUCAAAGUCAGUGCUCCAUUGGUGACAAAUUAUGCUCGCAGUCGUCUCUUUGAUGUAAUACUGCAUUCUUCUGUUGGAGACGUGUCACCAGAACUUGUGGAGCAAUUUAGGACCAGACAAAGGAACUUUGACACCGAAUCUCGCGCAGGUGCAGCAGCUAAAGUGAAGCAAAAUCAACAUAUGACUGCCAUACCUGGUCUGAGGAUUUCACGCAGAGUUAAAGUUUACAAACCAUUACUAUUAGAAGCUAUGUAUGCAAAUGGAUUCAUAGGCGCAAAGAUGAUUCGAGCAAAGUUAUUUCAUAAAUUUCUGUGGGCUUAUGUCAAUUCUUUGCCAAAUUGGUGCAAUGCAUUUGGUUGUACCAAAGCAGGGCAGUAUGAUAAGAGCCUUAAUCAAUCAUGCCUGUUAUUUUCUAUGGAAGCAGCUAUGAAAGAAAUGCCCCUUGAACUCUUUCUACAAAUUGUUGGGUCAGCAAAGAAGAUUGAUAACAUGAUAACGUUGUGUAGGCUUGGAAAAACACUUUCAGAAAUACCUACAGAGGAAUACAAUCAGAUCUUGGAUACUCAUGCCAAUGGCCGACUCUCACGUUUAGUAAAUAUUUUGGACAAGCUCAAGCUGGUUCAGCUUGCAAAAGAAUUCUUAGAAGAUGCUGGUGUAUCGUCAAAUGCCAUGUAUACACAUUCGAUGGAGCUCAGGCCUUACAUCGAAGAACCCAUGCCAAGAAUUCUUCCAUCUUCCCAACUGAACAAUCAUCGGAAAAUUCGGCAUGAUUUUGUACUUUCAAAGAAAGAGUUUGUUGAUUCUUAUUGGGAAACACUAGAGUGUUGUUAUUUAACAGCUGGUUUGGCUGACCCGUUAAGUGCCUUCCCUGGCAGUUCUGUCCCGGAGGUUUGUCUCAUCUGCUGUACAUCAUUGAUGCAUAGGAUUAUCGCAUACGUUGAAUAAAUGUACUUAGCGCCUGUUUGUUUGCUCCCCAACUUACAUAAGGUAGCUUCUGGGCAUGGGCAGUACGGUGAGAAACACCACCCUUGAUGCCGAAAUAAGUUUCCCAUAUUUGUGUUUACCAUACUGCCCUUGGGCCAUAAGCUAUCUUAUAUAAGUAUGGAUGAAAACAAACAGACCCUUCGAAUUUGAAUUAUCAAAUUCCUCAACUUUGAAUGCUAAUAUAGCUGUGUUAACUAUUUA